AUGCCAGACGACAUUGACUCGAGGCCACGCUUCUCUGGUGAGACCAAAGUGCUGGUGGAUGCCCUUGCCCCUGCUGUACAAGAUAUAGGCAGGAGCUGGAUCAAAUACGACGACAACCCCUUGGCCAACAAGGCCAAACUCGACACCAACCAGAUCAAGGCGAGCCACGGCGUCCUGGCCGCCCUGCGCUCAGUCCAACACAACCUUAGCUUCAAGAAGACCCAGAUGCAGGAUGUCGUGCGGGGCUUGCUUACCCGAUUCGCAGACAAACCAGAGUGGCAGCUGAAGGCAGAGACCAAGCACCCGCAGACCGCUUGGGUGCGAGAGCUGCCCUGGCACCUGCAGGUGGAGGACAAGACGGCGUCUUCCAAGCCCAACGCGUCCGUCACAUGGCUGUACUACUGGGCGCCUUCGAUGAGGAAGGCGCAUCGGUACCCAGACAAAAAAAAUGGAGAAAAAAAGAAGGAGAUAUGCAGCAUCGUCAGGGUCCCCGAGCGCUGCGGCGUCCUGCCGACAGAUUCCGUAAUCGCUGAAUGGCCAGACGGUUCCACGUGGGAGGUCGCCGAUUGCACGAUCGAGCAGUUCAUCGGCACGACGAGGCCUCGAACUGGCGGCCCAAGCAGCUCGGGAGGCGAUGAGUACUGGGAGGGCGAGCACGCCAUCACACACAACAAAUUGGUGUGCAAGUUCAGGGCUGAUCGGUCGCCCCUUUUCAGUUUGUACGAGCAGCAGGCCCAGAUCCUACAGGAUGCGUGGAACAUCAUCCACUCAAUUGCGAUCGACUAUUCGAAGGACAGCAUCAAGAAGGAGAACCUCAAGCAGAUCAGGAACGACCGCUCGCAGGGCGGCAUCUCGCCAGAUGGUGUCUCGGGCACCGCAGGUGAUGGUGGGGGUGGCAGGCGCGGCGCAGCGGCGAAGAGGCCAGCAGCGUGCCAGGCCAACUAA